AUGCUUGGCCCAAACUUCAAUAUACAGAACAAGCAAAAUACUCCAUACAUAGAGGUAGCGUCAGAAAUUGAAAAAAGCAUAAGAUUCAAGCAGAAUGCGGACGAUAUUAGAGCAGAAAUCUCGAACAUCAUGGUUAACCACAUUAACUACCAAAUGCAACCGCGAAAUCAUGAAAAUGAUUGGAUUCGGAAAGACGCACAACAUAGCAAGGGAUUUCUCAAAGAGCACCCAGAAUUGCUAAUAUCGAAAGCAGACAAGGGUACCCAAACCGUUAUCUUGUCUGCACAAGAAUAUCGGGAAAAAAUGAGUGAAAUGCUAGAGGACCAAACCACGUAUCAGAAACUGCAAACCGACCCAACAAACAAAAUUCAGAAGAAAGUUAAUGCUUUUGCGGACGAGUGGCUGGAGAAAAAGUACAUCGAAAAACGCAUACACGCAAAACUCAAAAUGUCCAGCAGCGAGCCGCCUCGCAUAUACGGGUUACCCAAAAUACACAAAGAAAACAGACCACUAAGACCAGUAGUGUCUACCAUCGGUUCUGCAACGUACAACCUGGCAAAAAUGCUGACCGAUGCCAUAAGCAGCACUGUUGGACAAACCAUACAUCAUGUGAGGAACAGCUUCGAAUUUGCAAACGAGAUCACGCGAGAGGAAUUCCCUACCGACGGUAUUUUGUUCUCAUUGGACGUUAAGUCUCUAUACACUAACGUGCCAAUUGAGCUUGCGUUGAACUGCUUAGACGAAAGGUGGAAUGCGAUAAACAAAAAUACAAACAUCGACAGAACGAGCUUCUUGGCAGCGGUAAAGCUAGUGUUGGAAUCGACUUACUUCGUGUAUGAUGGACACUACCACCAGCAACACUAUGGGGUACCAAUGGGGAGUCCCCUCUCGCCUGUGAUUGCUAACGUAGUAAUGGAAAGGUUAGAACAGGAGAGUACGCACUCACUACAAGGAAAGCAGGUUCCGCUUCUAUACUACCGCCGAUAUGUGGAUGACUGUUUGUGUGUUGCGAAAGAAGAGCAUAUUCAAGCAAUCUUGGAUACGUUUAAUGCAUUUCAUGAACGGCUUGAGUUUACCAUAGAAAGAGAACAGCAAGGUAGGAUCAAGUUUCUGGAUAUGAUGCUAACUCGGGAAAAUGGAAAGGUUCGGACAAAUUGGCUGCCCAAACAAACCAAUGGAAGAUAUCUAGAUUAUACGUCAGAAAGUCCGUUUCAACAUAAAUGUAAUACAGUAAUUGCAUUAUAUGAUAGGGCAAUUAAACUAACAAACAUAAAUGAUCGUCCGGCAGCAAUACAGACAGCAACAAAAAUUUUAGAGGGCAACAGUUAUCCGGAUUGGUUCACACGAAAAUUGUUAAAACAGCGCGUACAUAAACACUAUAACACAAUCGAGAAUGAAGUUAAAAAUGAUGUAGAAGUAAAAUAUAUGUCCACACCAUAUGUACCAGGCCUAAGUGAAAAAAUAUCAAAAACGUUAAAAAAGAAUAAUUUAAUAGUUGCUACAAAACCUAGGGACAAAAUAAAAAACAAAAUCUUCAGUAAGCUAAAAGACCCGAUUCCAACUACAAAACAAAAAAAUGUUAUAUACUCUAUACCGUGUGGAGCAGGAGAUAACAGGGAAUACAUAGGGCAGACAGGCAGAAGGCUAGAUACACGAAUAGCGGAACAUAAAAAUGACGCUAAAAAAUCAGAAGCUAGAACGGGAUUAGCACUACAUACAAUUCAAGAAGGACAUAUUUUUGACUUCGAAAAAACGCGCAUUCUAGAGAAAAUUGAAAAUAAAGAUACUAGACUUACAGCAGAGAUGUUCCAUAGUAAAAUGAGAGGACAAGAACGGACAGUUAAUUUACAACGAGAAUGCGGGAAUUUCAACGACACAUACAACGGGCUAAUGACUAAACUACGACUACUAGAAGAAAGGAAGAAACGAUAG